CGACUAUUAUUUCGAUUAUUGCGAUGGAUCGAUUCAAGUAAUAAAAUUCUUUAGCAAUCAAAUAAUACGCUUACGUCUCUGUCAAGUCUAUUGAAAGGAUUGGUAGUCAAGCAGCGCUGUGUAUUCAUUGUGGUUAUAUUCGAUAAAGAGUCUGAAGAUUGCCGGAAAAAAACAGUGUAAGCUAAUCCAUUACAAUAAAAGAGAAACAACGUCGUCAUAAAGUCAAUACCUUUACGUGGUGUUCAUAAUGUGUCUUGGUUUAUUUCGACAUUUAUUUAAAUGUGUAUAUUAUAAUUAUUAUUGAUGAGUAUAAUCGGUUACAGAUCGGUACGAAAUUUCCACGUUAAUAAUUCGUUGAUAUAAAUAGAUUAGUGAUUAGCUUAUCUUAUAGCUCUGUACAUGUAUUGUAUCCGGUCAUAGUGUAUGAGAUCAUGAUCUGAACAUUAUGAUGGAUUCUCUGCGACAUAUAAAAGAUCCUUCUACUUUCUAUAAUAGUAAAUGCUUUGAAAAGGAUACGGCCUAGAUAUGUGUGCAUUAAGACGACAUGUACAGCCGUGAAAAAAAGGUUAUUUGAUACGGUGUUAAAUUCAACAAAACGCCCUGUCUUGUGAGCGUGGCAUUGUCUUUUGCCAUUUUAUCUGUUUCUUUUUUAUCAAAUUUUCAACAAUAAUAAAAUGAAAAAACAAUUCUUUCGAGUUAAACAACUAGCAGAUCAGACAUUUUCCAGGGCCGGAAAAACGGAAGUUCUUACUGAUGAUCUCCAGGCCGCUGAUAAGCAUGUAGAACAAAUUAGGGCUGCUUUAACUGGAUUAAGUAAACGGUUAGGUGUUCCACCUAAUCAAACCAAUACCCAAGAUCCUGCGUACAAAGAAAAGCGUUUGAAAAAAUGUUCAGAGUUUAUUCUUGGCCAAACGAUGUUAGAAAAUGCUGCUGAAGAAGGUCUUAUGAGUUUUGCUUUAUCAGAAUGUGGUAGAGCACAAGUGGCAUUAGCUCAUGAGACUGUUGAUCAUGAAGCAAAAGUUGAACAAUACGUGGCUGCGCCACUUCAUCAUAUUCUCGAGACUGAUGUGCCCAAUAUCAUUAAACAUAAGAGGAAUUUAGCUAGGUUGACUCUAGAUAUGGAUAGUGCAAAAACUAGAUAUUUACAAGCCAGUAAACAUAAUGCUGGAGGUGCUGGAGCGACAAAAGUUGACAGCUUGCGUGAGGAGUUAGAAGAGGCUGAGAUCAAAGUAGAACAAUGUCGAGAUCAAUUGGCAGCCGAAAUGUUUCAAUUAAUGUCCAGGGAAACGGAACUUGCUCAAACUAUAAUACAGUAUGUAAAACUCCAGCGAGCUUAUCAUGAAAGUGCCUUGCAUUGCUUAGAAGAACUUAUUCCUGGGCUAGAGAGUUACAUAAAUGACAAUGAGAUGAAACCAGUAUAUGGUUAUCCACUCGAAGAACAUUUGAGAGUAACAAAUAGAAAAAUUGCUUUGCCAAUUCAGUUGUGCGUGUCGACAUUGUUAAGACUUGGAAUGGAAGAAGAAGGAUUAUUUAGGAUAGCAGGAGGUGCAUCGAAAUUAAGAAGAAUUAAGCUGAGUUUGGAUGCUUGUUGCUUGACCCUACCAACUGCCCUAGAAUACAAAGAUCCUCAUGUAGUAGCGGGAGCAUUAAAGUCAUAUCUACGCGAAUUACCUGAGCCUCUUCUUACCUUUAAGUUAUAUCCAGAAUGGAUGGCGGCUGCUAAAAUAACUCAAAGUGAUGCCAGAUUGCGUGCUCUCUGGGAAGUACUGCAUAAACUUCCUCCUGCCAAUUUGGAAAAUUUAAGGUUUCUUAUUAAGUUUUUAGCUGUUUUAACAAAAAAUUCGGAUGUUAAUAAAAUGUCACCUCAAAAUAUUGCAAUUGUGAUUGCUCCGAAUUUAAUUUGGAGUCCUCAGGAAGAUAUAAAUACUAUGGUAAUGAACAUGAGUACCGCCAAUAACUCUAGUCUCAUCGUUGAUCAAUUAAUUACAUAUGCUGAUUGGUUUUUCCCUGGAGAAAUUGAUUUUGAUCGUGAUUUAGACGUUGGAAUGAUGAAUGGUGCUGAACGUCAAGUAGUCGGUAUGCGAAGAUGUAUAUCAAAUAGUAGUUUGAGUGAUCUAGGAGAAAGUCCACCUCAAGGUAGUCCAAAGCCAGCAGCAAGACGGAAAAAUAAACCAGCACCAACACCACCAAGCAGUACACCGGAUAAACACGAACAUAGAGUAAAUGAUAAACCACCGCCAGCUCCUGACAAACCUCCACGACCUUUAACAACGGCAACGUUAAAUCGUCAUACUUAUAAAGCUCAAAAGCAUGAAGUUAAUAUUGAAUUAACUCAUCCUCAUCUUGAGAAUAAAUCAGAAAAGUUAGAAAAAAAUUUGGAAAAUGAAGUAAAAAAUCAACCUCUUGGGUUUGAAGGUAUUGUAAAUGUUGAAGCCAUUGAAAAUCAUGUAAAGCCAAUGGAAUUACGAAAUCAAGGCCAAGACGCAACAAAAGUUGAAAAUGACAAUGAAGAAAAACGAAAAAAUUCGGAUUCUUCUGCACCAAUUGGAUUUGAAUGUAUAAAUAUACGUAUUAAUACUGGCACUAAUCAAGUAAAAGAUUCUGAAAAUCAGGAUCUACCAAAAUCGAAACCAAUUCCUGCUGACAAACCAACAACAUCAACUUUAGAACGACGCAAAAUGCCCGUUGCCGCUCCAAGAACAAUAACAAACGUAAUUAAUCCAAAUUCAGAUGACGUAGUUGAGAUACGUAAAAAAAAUGAUAAUCCAACAAAUAAUUCAUCGCCAAUCGAUAGAAAUAGUAAACCUGCCAUUCCUGAACGUCCUGCUGGAUUAACAAGACCAUCAAGUUUGGUCAGGCACCUACGUCAAAGCAACGAUAACUUGGAUGCUGAUGUCGGACCUUUGACAUUGGAGAGGACGCAUGUAUAUUCUGUCGAUAAACAACAGGUUAGUAUAAUACAAGUGCGUGGAAAUAAUGCAGCUACAAAUACGUCCACCGAGAGCAAUGGAAACAGCGCUUCCAUAUUGCAGAGAAGUCCUAGUGUGGGAAGUCGACCAUCCUCAGUGUCUUUUACCAAUGAACGUCCAGAAAAACCUCCAAGACCUGAUCUACCUGAUCAAACAAAAUCACAUGCACGAACACGAUCAGAAGGAAAUAUUAUUGACGUCCAAACACAGACUGAAACUGUUAUUGUCCCAAAAUCACCGCAGCAGAUGACCCCCGUAUCUCCACGAUUUCAUCAACGACCACCUCGGCCUCAACCGCCACCACCUCCACCACCGAAUAUACGACCUAAAUCUGAUCAAGAGAGUACGAAUCUUUAAAAUAUUUUGAUAAAAUAUCACAUAAUGAUAAAUUAAUAAUUCAAAGUCAGACGGAAAUUAUUUUAUUUCUUGAAUUAUUAUAAAAUAGAAUUUUUUCAAUGUCAAUUGCCAUGGCUUCCUUUUAAUCAGGUUUUUAACGAUAAAGUAACUAAUUUUAUAAAUAUUUUCCAUUGGAAUAGAUUAAAUGCUUAAUGAAGUGCUCCCGAUCUCUAUGCAUCAAUGUAAUAAUUUUUAUCGCACAAAAUUUGGUAUAAUCUGCCGAAUGUUCUAAUUAAUAGAUUUUCCAAUUUGUUUGAGCUAGAUUACCUAAUCACGAAGGUAACUGUGAUCAUGUUAAAAGAAUUCAUUUUAUUUACAGCGCAUUCAAGUUUAUUAACAAAUACUCUACGCAUUAUGCGUAUUUUUUACUUUUAUUAUAAGUCAUAUGACCGAUUAUAAAUUUUUUUCAUUUUAUAAAGCAUAUAUUUCACAUAAUUUGGCGUAUUUUUUAUAUGAAAACAUCAUUUGUGUAAAUGAGGACAUGAAAAAUAGUAAAAAAUUUAUUUUUAUGAGAAUUAUUCAUUUUUAGAACAAAACUGUCCAAAUAUGAAAAUUCACGUCGAUACUGGAGCACGCAUUUACCUAAGGAAAGCUUAGGCUGUGAAUAUAUUGGAGUAUUAAAGGAUUUAUUUGUAUAUAAAUAAAAAAAAUUGUUUCUUUAUGAA